UAGCUAAGAACUUCUGGGCUUUCAUCAUAGAGCUGCACUUUCCAAGCGGAAAAUUAUUUACUCUUCAUCUUUCCUUUUCUAUUUCCUUUUGGGCUUUUUUGGUUUCGAUCCAAAGGUGCUAGAAUAUCAAAAAUGUAUCGCCACAUCAUCAUCCUCCUCGCUCUCCCGACUCUGAUCAGAAGCCAGACGAUAAACGGAAUCCCCACCUGUGCCGUACAUCCCCUCGCUUUCCUUCCCCCCUUCCCCCCAAUCCGCCAUCUCCCCCCCUCUCUAACCGAACAAACACAGAAAGAAUGCGCGCUCUCCAUCAUCGCCACCUCCUCCGACUGUCCCCUGAACACGCAACCCUGCAUCUGCGCCUACCUCUCCGCCUACGCCUCGUGCGUGGGCGAAAGCUGCAACGGGACGGACUCCACGCGGGCGGUCCCGGUCCCGCUCCCGUACUACAUCCCCGAGGCGACGAUCAGCGUGGCGAGCAUGGGGACGUGUCCGGCUGUCGCGGCGACGAAUCCGGUUUUCGGCACUCUGGAGAGUGGGAAGACUGCUUCUGCGGAGACGACGACGAUGACGACGAACGAGGCAGGGAGGGCUGCGACGACGGGUGAGGCUUUGGGCUCGGAGGUGACGAUGACGACGAUAACUUCUUCGGAAACGAGGACGUCGAGCUCAGGGACGCGGAGUGUGGCUUUGGUCACGGGUAUGAGUACAAGUGCGGUGCCUGCGAAACAGACAAGCACUGGCGCAGCUGGGCCCUUGGAGGGGCAUCGGGUGCUUGGAGUCUUUGGGGGUGGAUUGGGGAUUGUGCUUGGUUACAGGUUUUUUGUGUAAGAGAUGGAGGGGGGUAAGGAAGGUUGCUUGGGAAUAGAGAAAGGAGAGACUAGAACGGCAGG